UAUGAGUCAUAUGAUUGUCAAUUUAUUUGUCAUCAGUUUGUUUUGAUAUUGUAUUUCGUAAUUUUUGAGAAUUGGUAGUUAUAAUUUUGAAUUAGUGUUCGUAAUUUACACAUUUUACAAUGGAUUUUUUCUUUGGGAAACAACCAACUGUCAAAGAACAACAAAGGCAAAAUGAUAGAGAGCUCCGCAAGGCAGCUAGAGACUUGGAAAGAGACAAAGCGGCUUUAGAAAGAGAAGAGAAGAAACUUGAAAAUGAGAUUAAGAAAAUGGCUAAAGAAGGCAACAAUGAAGGUUGUAAAAUAUUAGCAAAACAACUGGUGCAGAUGAGGAAACAGAAAGCUAGGAUUUAUAGUGCUAAUAGUAAGAUUUCAAGUGUACAGAUACAAAAUAAGACGAUGGGAGCAAAUAUAGCGAUUGCAGGCGCGAUGGGUACCACCGCUAAAACCAUGGAUAGCAUGAAUAAGGUCAUGAAUCCACAACAAAUUGCUAAAGACAUGGAAGCGUUUAGACAAGCUAAUGCUAAGAUGGAUAUGACAGAUGAAAUGAUUGCAGACACUCUUGAUGACAUCAUGGACGAAUCUGGCGACGAGGAAGAGACUGAAGGCAUUGUCAACAAGGUGCUCGAUGAAAUCGGCAUCGAAAUCAGUGGAAAGAUGGCUGGUGCCCCAUCGGUGGCUCGCAACAAACUUGGAGAAUCUACCAAAGACGCCGAUAAAGAACUUAUGGAACAGCUAGCUAAGCUUAAGUCUUAGAAUAUUAUUAUUUGUUAAAAGUAAAUAAAAUAAGGCGCGCACAUAAAAUAUAAUCUCUAUUUGUGAAUUUAUU